AUGUUUAUCCUCACCACCAUCAGCACUAUCGCAGCAUCUUCCUUUGGUCUCAUUGAAGUACUUGAACUACCUGAGCUUAUCAAGGGAAUAGACCUGGAACAGUUGAACAAACACAACACCUCGGGUCUAUAUCUUGCUGCACGCUGGGGCCAUACUGAGGUAGCUCGGAAGCUUCUCCACCUAGGUGCUUCUGUAGAUGCACCAGGAAACCAGUACGGGAAUGCACUCCAAGCUGCAUGCUUCGGGGGACAAGAAGAAAUCGUCAAGGUAUUGCUUCAACAAGGAGCAUCUUUCCCUCCGACCGGUAAGGGUGAAUAUUCGAGCCCAUUCCAAGCAGCUCUAGCAAGUGGUCAUGGCCAUGUUACUCAGGCUUUGAUCAACGGCGGACUUCAGUUUUCAACGCAAAAUCAGUUUGACGACGCGAUGGAAGCUGUUUGUUUCAAAGGAAAUGUUGAAAUUGUCCAACAAUUUCUAGAUGGCAAAUCUGGUAUAUUUACGCCACAGAUCCAACCUGAUUCGCUACAAGUAGCUCUUUUUGGUGGCAAAAAAAGGAGAGUCAAAGGACUUCUGCAAGGAAAUGUUGACAUCAACGAGGAAAAGGCGAAGACUGAUGUACGUGGACGCUUUGGUUUUCCUUUGCGCGCUGCCGCCAUUGCCAAUGCUUUUGAAAUUGCGAGAUACCUCCUCAAAAUCGGCACUGACCCAAAUAUUGAGGAUAUGGAGCUAAGUGAUGCACUCCAGGCAGCUGCCACUUCAGGAAAUGUGGACAUGAUUGUUUUACUUUUGAACCAUGGUGCAUCCGUGAAUGGUAACGGCGGACACUUUCGUAACACAUUACAGGCAGCUUGUUUUCAUGGACAUGAGCAGGCUGCCAGGCUCUUAAUUGAGCGUGGUGCUUUUUUGGAGCCCAAAUACGAUCGACACUGUGAGCGCUAUCGUGAUGCCUUGCAAGCUGCAGUUUUUUCUGGACACGAAAAAAUUGUUGAAUUGCUUCCAGCGAGAGGAGCAAUGCUGAACACGGGACGCAUCGUCAUGAGGAGUCACCCAUGCAGCAUACCUCAUAACCCGAACAGAAUCCGACUUCCAGACUCAAGGGUAGGGGCAAAAAAGCUAGACAUACCGCCAGGACGGCGACCUCUAGAAUUUGCUGCUCGACUUGGCAAUAUUAUGUUGGUCAAGUUUCUACUUAGCCAGGGAGCUACUCUAGAUGCUGAGGAUGUUUUUGGCGAUGAUGAUGAGUACCAUGAUGGCAGUGCGUAUACUGCGCUACAGAUUGCGAGUUUCCGGGGGCAUCAAGCCAUAGUGAAAUAUCUUCUGGACCAUAAUGCAGACAUUAACGCCGUGCGACAGGCACUAGGCACUCCUUUACAGGCAGCCCUAGAGUCUAAAAGAGGACACCUUGAGGCUGUCAAAUUCCUGUUAGAUCGAGGAGCAAAUAUCGAGGAUGAAGGUGGCGAUAACGGCAACGCGCUUCAGGCUGCAUGUCAUGCGGGACACAUCGAGGUUGUUCAACUCUUGCUCGCUCGAGGUGCAAAUGUUAACGCGCUGGAGAAGAAUAUUGAGAAUGCGCUACAAUCUACAUCAGAAGGUGGUCACCUUGAUAUCAUCAAGUUGCUUCUUGAUCAUGGUAGGAUGUGGAUGAUUUCGAAGGGAAUACAGAAACAGCGCUCUGUCUCGCUGCAGCAAAUGGUCAAGAAGAGAUUUUGA